AUGAUUGGCCCUACGACGCUCGAUGAUCGCGGUCCACAGCUGGCGGCUGUGACCGUGGUUCUCCUGGCCCUUUGCUGGGUGUCAGUGAGCCUGCGGUGUUACACGAUGGGGUUUCUACUCAGGCGGUUCUACACUGAAGAUUGGCUGGCUAUAUUUGCCCUGAUAAUAUAUACGGCGUACUCGGUAUUCUGUUUACUAGGCGUCCGCUACGGCCUCGGCGCGCACGUCUCCGAUGUUCCUCUCGAAGACCACCCAAAAGCGCUAUUCUAUAAAUGGGCUGGCCAGGUUGUCUACGUUAUCAUGGCGGCGCUGGUUAAGUUUAUCGCGGGUCUUCUGCUGCUGCGCCUCUGUGUCGGAAAGCGUUGGCAGUGUAUCACGCUGUGGACCCUGAUGAUAGUCUCAGCAGUCUACACCCUGUUCUACGUUUUUAUCGUCAUAUUCCAGUGCCAGCCGGUUGAGUUCUACUGGUAUCGAUACGACCCGAGCCAACCGGUGACUGGAAAAUGCAAUGGCAAGCUUCUGGCCACCAUUCCGACAUACAUCUCCUUCGUUAUCAGCGUGGUGUCGGACUGGAUACUAGCUCUGCUUCCUAUCUCCAUUGUGUGGAAUGCGAAGAUGGACAAGCGAUCAAAGAUCUCGGUAUCUUGUGUUUUGGCUCUUGGAUCUAUCGCAUCAAUGGCGACCAUAGCCAGAAUACCCUACGCCAAGCAACUUUUGUCGAAUCCUGACUACUUAUACAACUUUACCGAUCUCGCCAUCUGGAGCACCGUCGAGAUUGGCCUUGGCCUCACGGCCUCUUCCCUAGCCACAUUAAAGCCGCUCUUCCGCAAGCUCAAAAUAAUCGUGGUCACAAAGAGCGGGAGUCACUACACCGGCACCCUGCCACAAUACCGCAGCCGUGCCUCACACUCCCGUGGCGUCAGUGGCAGCUCGCACUUCCAGUCGCCCAAGAACGCCAGGAAGCUACAGAAGUCGCCGCCACUCCGCAACGAGAAGCUGGAUGCAUGGCGGUCGUCCCAUCCCAUGAGGACGUUUUCGCAAGAUACCAACCCCUACGAGGUCUCGCUGGCGACGGAGACGGGCAGCGUCAGCACGACCAUCACAGCGCGUGCGUCGACAGAUGAGAACCAUGGGGCGCCGCCUCUCAGCCCGCCGCCGCCCCUCCACCACCGCCAGUAUUCGUAUCGGAGCACGUCUGUUUCCUACCAAGUUUCGCAUGUUGGUGUUACCGGCAUGGAGUCUUCCAACAUGAUUUGA